AGCCUCAAGACUGAGUUCGACUUGGUGGAAAUGAGCCUCAAAAUGAGGAGAUAUGGCAGCAUCCUACUUAUGUAGUGGGGCACGCGACAUUUUUCCUAGGCUUAGACGGGGGAUCCACCAGUGCUACGACAGUUUGGGCGGGUCAAUCCAGCAUUGGACCAUGAUUUGUCAUUGGUAGGUGAUCUCCCCCCUCAAAAUGUUGUGCUGUGGUCGUGAGAAAGAUUCGGGGAGGGACAUGAAGUCCGCUCAAAACACGCCCUCCCGUCAACCGAUGAACAUGCCUUACCCACAACAGCAGAAGCCUCAUCCUCAGCAACCCGGUUUAGCACCACCCCCGUUGAGCCAGCCCAUCCGCCACCCAGGACUGAUGCCUGUCGCACAAAUGAACAACAGCUUUGAUGACCAAGGGAAAAAGCCGAGUGGAAUCUCUGAAGAGGUAUUCCGUCAACUGGAAACGGUGCAGAAUCGGUAUGAUUCGACAACAGCAGAGGCCUUUCGGAUGGUCCAGAAAUCAGGAGAGAUGGUGGUUCGAACUUUGGAUCCGAGGCAAUUUAUUCGGUUGGCCAGUGAGACUGCUCCCAAAAUCAACAUUGAUACAAAUGACCCGGAUUCUGUCACCACCUUCGUGGAGAUUGUUAAACGACCAGGCCAAACUUUAGGUCUGUACAUUCGUGAGGGCAACGGGAUCGAUCGCACGGACGGAGUCUUCAUUUCACGAAUAGCCAUUGAUAGUGCCGUGUAUAGUAGUGGUUGUCUCCAAUUGGGCGAUGAAAUCUUGGCCGUGAAUCUGGUGGAUGUCACUCGAAUGAGUUUGGAUGAUGUAGUGAUAAUUAUGAGCAUCCCCCGACGUCUUGUUUUGACAACAAGGCGGUCUCGGGUUCGAGGCUAUUUGGGCAACGGUCAGAACGGAGGGUUUGUGGACAGUGGGAAGGCCACUCCACCUGUGGUAGUGUACAAAGGGGACCGAAACGACUUGGGCACGUAUCACCGAGGUGAUUACGACACGAAUCCAGUCGACUCGCCUCGAGGACGUGAUUAUAUGCCUUACAGAGAUUCGAGAACGCUCACUUGGGAUCGAAACCCAAAGCCUGAUCGGAAUGAUCCCAAGUACUUUCCAGUCAAUAGUCUCCCACGGCAAAGUGUUCCUCCCAACGGUCGACCCGUGGGGAAUGGUGCCCGUCCUUACGUCGGCAACUCGGUCAACGAGCCCUACAUGCCUAGUGGGCGGGCCGAAGACGCCUCAGUCAUGCCCCCUCCAAUGCGCGAGCUGAAUACGGGCUAUCCUCCAAUGGAAACCAGAUACAUAUCCAACUCAAAUGAUAAUGGAUAUGGGUACACAGGUCCGGCUGUUGUCGCGCCAGACUAUAAUAACUAUGGUGCUGAAGACGAUCCCAACUUGCCUGGUCGGGGACAACGCCUGCUUCAACGGAUGGGAAGCGACCCCUCGGCCCACUACUCAAACUCAAUGGGUCGACACUCAGUUUCGAGCCCCUCGGGUGGGAGGCGAGCUAAUACCUUGCAGUAUCCCUCACGACACCAGUAUUCACGAGGAUCCCUCGGAUCUGCACAACCUCGAUCUCGUAACUACUCUGGGUUUGAUUAUGCAUCGGACACUGAGGCACUCCAAUCCCCGGGGAUGUCCAUGCGGAUGUCACGAACUGCAGGGCGGGGUUUCCCCGUGUCUUCGACUAGAUCCAGUUCUUUGCCUCGCACGUUCCAGCGUGAAGCGUUGUUAAGACAUCCAGAACUGAGUAUGGAAAUGGAUCGUCUUAUUCCCGAUCCAGGAAAUCUCUCUGGGUUAUCCACCGACGAUCAACUGAGUGACCCUGGGGCCAACUCUGCCCCUGAAUCAAUUGUAACUGCCAGGAGAAGAGGUUACCGAUCUCCAUCUUCCUACUCUGCAAUGGGGGCUGAGGCCUAUCAGAACCGAGGGGGACGAUCAUCAUCCAACGCAUUAGCUGUAAAUCCGAGGAGAGAAAUGAGACGAACUCCAUCCACAAGUGCAAUUUACGAAACUCUCAGACGAUCUCGAGAAUUGAGGGAAACCUUAAGCCGACCGUCUUCGCGAUUGUCAUUCGAUAAUAUUCCCGAUAAAUUAAGAGACCCAGUGGCUGAUGCGCAGUAUUACUCCGAUUCCGAGCAUCAUUACACUGGAGCAACCUAUGGCCAAAGACAAGAGCUUCGUCGUUUGCGUAAUCGCACUAUUUCUGGCCUGGAACAUUUGCGAUCCUCGACCGAUGAUCCAAACAUCCCAUCAAGUCGACCAUCAUCUGCUCAGGAUCGAGUCAUUACGCCCUCAUUCGCCAACGAGAAAGAUAAUGGUCAAAGCUUUAUCGACUUCAACCCUGCUGAUUUCAUCAAGUACAAAUCUGAGGCUAUUCCUGAAAACGGUGGCGUGCGGUUAAGCGGAAUCCUCAAUUUACAUCUAUUGGCGGGUCGAGGACUACGCACUGGGGGCCGUUCAAGGCGCAUUCGAGAUCUCUAUUGUGUGGUUGAAGUCGAUCACAUCCAUAAAGCGCGAACAGUGGUCCGUAGUGGCGGCAUCAAUUUUGAUUGGGACGAACGAUUCGAACUGGAUAUGGCCAAUAACCUGGAGGUGGAGUUCCUGGUCUACUCUUGGGAUCCCCAGCUUCGCCACCGUCUCUGCUACCGUGCUUCGCUGCGUCUGGCCACGCUCUUCGGAAAAGGCCAGACCUUUCAGCAAGUGGCCUUGCGGCUCCAUCCCGCGGGCACACUCUAUCUCACCCUAAGCUUCCUGCCACUUACUGAGGCCUACGAUCGAGCACGAUACCAGCAAGCCGGUCAAAAGCUAUUCGGCGUGGAUCUUGAAACCGUAUUGGAACAAGAGGCCAACGGGUACCUAGUGCCCACCAUCUUGAAGCGCUGCGUGGACGAAAUCGAGCGCCGCGGUUUGGACAUCAUCGGGAUCUAUCGCUUGUGCGGAGCUGAAACCAAGAAGAAUAUGCUCCGCUUGGCGUUUGAGGAAGCGCCAGAAACGGUGGACCUAAGUUCGGAGAAUGUGCCUGAUAUCAAUGUCAUCACAGGACUGGUGAAGGAGUAUUUGCGUGAGCUACCUCAGCCUGUGUUCACCAAUUGUUUGUAUCAAAUGCUAGUGGAUGCCAUGGGUGUUUUCCUGCCUCACGACCCAGACGGGAAUGCCAAACUGGUAUUCUCGAUUCUUGACUGUCUUCCCAAAGCCAACAGGAACUGCCUGGUCCACAUCAUGGAUCAUCUGGCCCGAGUCACCGCCCAAUGCACCCGGAACAAGAUGAACCCGCAAAACUUGGCCAUUUGUUUCGCCCCCGUGCUCAUGCUUGAGAUGAAUGAUAGAAAUCCGGCCGCUGUGCCAAACAUAUCAGAGCCAAUCCAAAUCCUGAAAUAUCUCAUCGAAAUAUGGCCCAAAACCCAGGAAUAGGCGGUUGCAGCGAUGGGUGGCGGUGGUUUUUUUUGACGGGGGGCAGGCUAUGAUCAAUGAUAAUCCUGGAUCACGCCUAACCGGCUUCCGGCUUCAGUGAAUCUUAUGUAUGUGUAGUUAUCUCAUGUGCAAUAGUGGGUGUGUCUCAUUGAACUCGUCGCCCUGAAAUGAAUCGCCUAGAAGGCAAGGAAGGAAUAGCCCACCUUCCGUUCGCGCUCGACCCAACAAGCGAGAACCUUUCCUGUCGAAGCAAGAAGGCGAAAUUUGAAACGGCAAUUCUUAAGGGUUAUGAAAAUUCAAAAACCUGCCACAACACACUUACAAUGAAGAAGAAACAUCAACAACCAACCAACCAACCAACCGACUUCUCCUUGCAUGGAACACAAAAGGGACGAAGAAACAGUCAUUCCUGAUCCUUCCACUCGUGAUAAGACAUUAUGAUUACCAUGAUUAAUAUUGUCACUGUUCUUUUCAUAUUGUUACGAUUAUGAACACUCCAUUGAAUUGCUAACCACACCACUCCACUCGAUUAUGAUGAAUUGUUACGAACAUUUUCACCCUUCCACAACGCUUCUAGUUCACCAAUCAAAUCUUGUUAUGAAUCAUCAUCGUUCAUCACCGUCAGCACACCAAGAUACGUUGUCAAUGCACUUUUUUAUAUUUUGCUACUUCCACUUGCACACAGCACGCGUCCUACAUACGCCACCUCAUCUCUAUAAUUCCCUUUAAUAUCACCAGUAUUAUGAUUAUCAUCAUUAUUCUUAUCAUUAUUGCCACACCACUAUUUUAAUCAUUGUUAUUGCAACCAAGCACCAACCACAUCCAUCAAAACAUUGGGGAUUUUUCCUAUUUCUUCCAACAUGAUCUAUCAGACCUGCACGUACUACAACGACGCAUGUUACUGCGUAUGUAUUGUACUGUGUUCAUGAUGCACGGCCCGGUUCAGAUAUUUAUUAAUGCCUCCUACCCGACAGUAGCCGAUCACGUGAUUGUACCUUCACACACAUAUCAAUUGAUUUGACCUUCAAAGUCAUUUCUGUUUCCAACCUAUCAUUCGACGGGAAAUUAACACACUUGUAUAGCUUUGGGCUUCAAGGGAACUAUUAUGUAUUAUUUGCAUUCUCAUUUAUCUUGUGAAAGAGCUUCUUGAGCAAUUUGGGAGCGUUGUUGGGGAAUUGUAGGUCUUGAAUUUCAAUUUGACCAAAUUGCAAUCAUGAAACGAGGGGACCUUCCAUUAUUCUUGGACUUAAUCCAAGGGCCCGCCUAAAUCCCGGCCACAAAUCCUUACGGUUGGUGUUGUUGUUGUUGUUCCUCCAAUGCUCUUGAUUUUGUUUUGGAUCCUGUUGACCCUACUAACCAUUUUUUUUAAAUCUUAGCAUAUUUAUGGUCGAGGAGACAAUGUACAUACAAAACUUAUGUUCUUAAGAAGAACUCCUUGAAUGUUGCAAGUUGUUAAUCGAAUUGAAACGCCCCAAUCAUUAUUGCUACGUAUUGUUCAACAUUAUGAAACAAAUGACAAUAAUAAGAAUGUUGCAACAUGAA